CGGAGUCAUCCCACUUUUGGCGCAAGAGCAACCUGACUUAAAUACAGACCCAAGACAGAUUGCGAACAGAUUUGUACUCCUAGGUCCGAUCUCGCCGUGCGAUUUAAUACGCUCGUACCAAUUUCUUCAUGCCGCCGUAAGCAGGACUUCCUCAGGUUCGGGCUUCUGAGCCAGAAGCUUGCUGUGCCUACGCAAUCAAUUUUAUCAAGGUCCCAAGUGCCCAAGUGCGAUUAACCCCGCCAUGCCGGGAGACGAGUACCAAGCCGAGGCACCGGCGACGGUCAAUUUGACGGAGACUGCACCAGUACAGCAGCACGACGGAGAAUUGUUUAUAGAGAGCGGCGCGCGAAGACCGAGGACAAUAACCAACACGGCCGAGAUCGACAGCACCAUUUCUCAUCCCGGCUCGGUGCGCAUCAACGUCAAGGGCGCCUUCAUCGUCGACACAACACCCGGGCCAGGUACGCCGGCGGGGGGCAUCAAUGGCUCGCCCGUUGGGUCCAGCGCCCACGAAACCAAGGACAUCCGGCUUCCGAAUCACACGGCGGUGGUUAGUCACAUCGCGGUAGACAUCGGAGGCUCCCUGGCCAAGCUCGUAUAUUUCUCGCGCGAAGCCCAUUCGACCGAACCUGGCGGUCGGCUCAACUUCCUCAGCUUCGAGACGGAUCGCAUCGACGACUGUGUCGAGUUUAUGAGGCACCUGAAGGACAAGCAAUGGGCCUUGAAUGGGUCCAAACCCGGCGCCCUGUACGUCAUGGCCACGGGUGGCGGCGCAUACAAGUUCUACGAAAAGAUUAGGGAGCGGCUCGGAGUGGACGUGCUGCGUGAGGAUGAGAUGGAGUGCUUGAUCAUCGGACUCGAUUUCUUCAUCACCGAGAUACCACGGGAAGUCUUCACAUACUCGGAGACGGACCCUAUGCACUUUGCCGAGCCCGAAGACAACAUAUACCCGUACAUGCUCGUGAACAUAGGAUCAGGAGUCAGCAUCCUCAAAGUCUCGGGCCCAAGGACGUAUGAGCGGGUCGGGGGCACGUCGCUCGGCGGCGGCACCCUCUGGGGUAUCCUGUCUCUGCUCACCCCGGCCGAAUCUUUCGACGAGAUGCUCGACAUGGCCGCGCAAGGUGACAACGCCAAAGUCGACAUGCUCGUCGGCGAUAUUUACGGCACCGACUACGGCAAGAUCGGUCUGAAAAGCACCACCAUCGCCAGCUCCUUCGGCAAGGUCUUCCGCAUGAAGCGCGAAGCUGAAUCCGAAGCAGAGGAUAGUGGCGGCUUGUCGAACCGUGAUGAUCACGAACAAACUUCUCACUCCUCUAGCCCACAAGCCCAAAUCAUUUCGACCACAUCCACCUCCGAGGCAAUCAAAUCGCGCUUUUCCGCCUCCGAUGUCUCACGAUCUUUACUCUACGCUAUAAGUAAUAACAUCGGCCAGAUAGCCUAUCUGCAGAGCCAGAUCCACAACCUGUCGCAUAUCUACUUUGGCGGGUCAUUUAUUCGGGGGCACCCGCAGACCAUGAAUACACUCAGCUACGCCAUCAAGUUCUGGAGCAAGGGGGAGAAGCAGGCGUAUUUCCUGAGGCACGAGGGGUACUUGGGUGCCGUUGGUGCGUUUCUGAAGAGGCAGCCCCGGAAUUGGGGCCGUCGAGGCAGUUUCGAGGAGGCGGCCGAGGGUUUGGAGGCGAGGAUGAGGGAACGCGUUGAUGGGGACGAGGUGGGUGCUGAGGAAGCUGUAUACUAGACGCCCGCUCUAGGCCCGUGGAGAUGGAUACAACAAUCGUGAAAUGGCGUUUAGCGACGUGCAAUUCUGCAGAAGGAAUUGCAGAUGGUGCAUAUUGCUUGAAAGAUAUUGGCGUAGAUAUCCAUCCAUUCAAGCAUACUUAUUUAGAGCAUUCUUUGGGGCUUUGGGGGUUGGUUAAGAUAUCAUAUUACUACGCAGUGCCGCACGAUUGCCGCGUUUAUCUGAUAUUCAAGAGGAGAGGUAGGGAGGGGGUGCUUGGAUUGAAGCUAUAUAUCGAAAGUGGCGCGGGGAGCUUCAUCAAAGCCAACAUUUUGUCCCAUACCUCGGAACUUAUCCUUAUUUUAACAUGGAUGAGAAAUCGAAGACGAUUAAAUUUACAUUUGCA